AAUCUCCAAUUGCUCUUGUAUUUUACUGUUUUGUGUUGAUCUCUGCCUCACGGCUCCUCUCGUCCCCCCACAGAUGAUUUCCCCGUCAAGGAAGGUGAUGUGCUCCAGUCAUUUUACAUGGUGCAGGAGUUUCUGGGUGAGGGCAACUUUGGGAAGGUGGCCAAGUGUCGACACAAAGUGACCCAUCAGGACGUGGCCAUCAAAAUCUCAAAGAACAAGCCCAGUAUUAUUAGAGAGACAAAGAAAGAGCUUGCCAAUCUUGAACUCCUGCGUGCCCUGGACCCAGAGAGGGCCAACAUCGUCAGGUGGUACGAUGCUUUCACACACGGAGACCUUAUUUGCCUCAAAUUUGAACUCCUGGUCCAGAGUCUUCAUGACUACGUGGAUGAGCUGAACUACGACCCUCUUCCCGUCAGUGAUCUCCGAGCUGUUGUGCAGCAAAUGGCCACCGCACUGCUCCACCUGCAGACCCUGGGUGUUAUUCAUUGCGACAUAAAGCCCCAGAAUAUUAUGGUGGUCGACCACAAUCAGCCGCUGAAGGUCAAGCUGAUUGACUUCGGAUUGGCACAGCAGAUCUCAGAGCCUCCAUCUUUUGCGGGGACCUUUUGGUACCAAGCUCCAGAGGUCCACUUAGGAUUGGCCUACGUGGAGGAGAUCGACAUGUGGGCGCUUGGUGUGUCUGUGGCUGAGCUGGCUAUUGGAACGGCCCUGUAUCCCGGAGAACAUCCCUAUGAUAUGAUAAAGUUCAUCGUGGAGACUCAGGGUCUGCCCCCAGACCACCUCCUCAGGUUGGGACCACACACCAACCACUGUUUUGAGAGACAGCGUAUCAACGGUCAGGACACUUGGACACUGAAGACUCCUGCAAUGGUGAAGACGGAGACGGGACACAAAUUCUCCGACACCAGACAGGUUGUGUUGACCUGUCUGGAGGACAUCAUGGAGAUGAUGGACACAAACACGACAGAGAAGGAGGGUCGUGAGUUUGUGGACCUUCUGAAACACAUGAUGAACCUUGACAGUGAACAGCGGAUCAGACCUGCCGAUGUUCUUAAACAUCCCUUCAUUGAAGAGGACGGUCUGGAGAAGGAUGUUCAAGAGGACAGUCUGGAGAAGGAUGUUCAAAAGGACAGUCUGGAGAAGGAUGUAGAAGAGGACAGUCUGGAGAAGGAUAGGAAACUCUGGACCUGA